ACCAUCUGGUCGACAGCAUUGAUCAUCUCUCAGUCCGUUACACAUCCCAGUCCAAGAAUGACGUUAAAAUUGUUCCUCUUACUCACAACUGCAGUGCUAAUCUCUGCCAAAACAACAACGCAAUCUCGCAAGUAUGACGCCAUCGAUCCAAGGAUCAUACAUUUGCUAGAAUCCAGCCCAACUGACGAUGACGGCCGUAUAGGAACGGUGCGGCUGGAUGGCCAAUCUUGGGAUGUACACACAACGCUGGAAGUUGCUAAGGAUCUGCUUCAGAAAGGAAUUGGAACACGAGUGCUGACCCGAGGUUGUAACUAUAUGAGCAGCGAGUGCUAUUGGCCCCCGAGAAAUGCUAACUAUAUUGGAAACUUUAUAUUGUUGGGCACUUGGGGACAGGGAACGGAGAAAGCUGGGAAGAAAAUCUACGAUUUGCAAGACUACGAGGCUUACUUGGAACAUCUUAAACGGAAUAAGUUGCAGGAAUAGAAAAUGUGAACUAUGAAACAUUUUUGGAGGAAUUCUUUAUUCAGUUUUAAAAAUAAUAAAAACUGGUAAAAAA